AUGAGUGCCAAGGAAGCUGUCGAAAAAGUUGGAGAAAAGGUCAAAAACCUGGUUGUUAACAACGAAGAAAAGCCAAAGAAAAAAGGCAACCCCAACGGGAAACAGUCGUCGCUGUACUUACAACCUGAGCCAGAGUUUAUCGAGGAAAGAAAUGCCCUCUUCGACAAAUUGCAAGAGGAAUAUGCUAAGAAAGUGGCAGAGAAACCUCGCGCUGCUUUGAAAGUGAUCUUGAAAGAUGGAUCUGAGAAAGAAGCCGUUGCAUGGGAAACGAGUCCAAUGGACAUCGCUAAGCAAAUUGCCAAAUCGUUCCCUGAUAAGCAAGUCAUUUCCAAAGUCAACGGGGCCCUGUGGGACUUAGAAAGACCAUUGGAAGGCCAGGAAGGAGACGAAAUCAAAUUGGAGUUUUUCGACUUUGAGUCCGAAGAAGGUAAAAAAGUUUUCUGGCAUUCUUCAGCCCACGUUCUUGGUGAAGCCUGUGAAUGUAACAUGGGAGCCCAUAUUUGUUUGGGUCCUCCAACUGACGAUGGAUUUUUCUACGAAUUCGCUAUCAAAAACCCUCCAGGCACUCCAGCGGACACCCCAGAGAGAACAGUGUCUCAAGCUGACUUCCCUAACUUGGAAAGUGUUGCCAAAAAUGUUAUCAAGGAGAAACAGAAGUUUGAAAGACUGGAAAUGACUAAGGAAGACUUAUUGAACAUGUUCCAUUACUCGAAAUACAAGAAAUAUUUGAUUUCGACCAAAAUUCCAGACGGUACAUCCACCACCGUGUACCGCUGUGGUAAGCUGAUUGACUUGUGUACCGGUCCUCAUAUUCCACACACCGGUCGUAUCAAGUCUUUCAAACUGUUGAAAAACUCCUCUUGUUACUUCCUCGGUGAGUCCACCAACGACUCUUUGCAAAGAGUUUACGGUAUUUCUUUCCCGGAUAAGAAGCUUAUGGACGCUCAUUUGAAGUUUUUGGCCGAGGCCUCCUUGCGUGACCACAGAAGAAUUGGUAGGGAACAGGAGCUCUUCUACUUCAACGAAAUGUCUCCAGGUUCCUGUUUCUGGCUCCCACACGGCACAAGAAUUUACAACAACUUGGUUGCUAUGUUGAGAAGUGAAUAUCGCAAGAGAGGAUACGACGAAGUGAUUACUCCAAAUAUGUAUAACUCGAAGUUGUGGGAGACGUCCGGUCAUUGGAAUAACUACAAAGAGAAUAUGUUCACUUUCGAUGUUGAAAAAGAAAGUUUUGGUUUGAAACCUAUGAACUGUCCCGGUCACUGCCUCCUCUUCAAAUCUAGAGAAAGAUCCUACAGAGAGUUGCCAUGGAGAGUUGCGGAUUUCGGUGUCAUUCAUAGAAACGAAUUUUCUGGAGCCCUUUCUGGGUUGACGCGUGUGAGAAGAUUCCAGCAGGAUGAUGCACACAUUUUCUGUACUCAAAGCCAAAUCGAACAAGAAAUUGAAAACAUUUUCGAUUUCUUGAAGUACGCUUAUGGAAUCUUCGGUUUUGAGUUCAAGAUGGAACUUUCGACCCGUCCUGAGAAAUAUUUGGGUGAACUAGAAACCUGGAACAAUGCCGAGUCUAAAUUAGAAGCCGCCUUGAAAAAGUGGGGUGGAAAUUGGGAACUAAACCCAGGCGAUGGUGCUUUCUACGGUCCAAAGAUCGACAUCAUGAUUUCGGAUGCUUUGCGCAGAUGGCAUCAAUGUGCUACCGUCCAGCUUGAUUUUCAACUACCCAACAGGUUUGAGCUUGAAUACAAAUCGCAAGAAGGUGAUGGUUACGACAGGCCAGUCAUGAUUCACCGUGCUGUCCUAGGCUCCGUGGAAAGAAUGACCGCAAUCUUGACCGAGCAUUUUGCAGGGAAAUGGCCAUUCUGGAUCUCGCCUCGUCAAGUCCUGGUCGUACCUGUCGGAGUUAAAUAUCAGCAAUAUGCGCAAGAAGUGCGUGACAAAUUGGUAGCUGAAGAAUUCUAUGCUGACGUGGAUUUGACCGGUAACACUUUACAAAAGAAGGUUAGAAACGGUCAAAUGCUAAAAUACAACUUCAUCUUUAUUGUUGGUGAGCAAGAAAUGAAUGAGAAGUCUGUCAACAUCAGAAACAGAGAUGUUAAAGAUCUACAGGGUAAGAACCCCACAAUCGAGCUAGACGUUGUUAUCAAGCAAUUGAAGGAGCUGAAACAGAGCAAGAACAUAGAGAACGUCUUGGGCGACGAAUAA